AUGCUUCACGAAUGGAAAGAGAACCGCCUCCCGCCUCAGGAGGUGGCCCCUCACCUCUACCUCCCGAGGGUGUCGGGCCCUGAGAUCGAGUGGCCAGAGAAAGUACAGGGCCAGACCCUGGCAUCGGCUACUCUGGCACACCCCUGCUUGGGGCCCAGAAAGCCCCUGCAGCCUCACUGGCUGGUUACAGCCCAGCUGAGAGCCAUGCUGGAGGUCACCCAGCAGCAGGCCACCGAGGCUGAGAGCCAGCUAAAGGAACUGCAGGAGCAAAGCAGCCAGGUCCAGAGCUCGGCCUGCACCCUGGCCUCCGUGGUCUCCAGCAAAUUCAGCUGCCUGCUGCAGGCCCUGGAGAUGCGGCGGACCUUGGCACUGACGGACAUCGAGGUGGCCAAGACACAGGCACUAACACAGGCCCAGGAUGAAGAACGGCGACUGCGGGGCCACCUGGAAGCCCUGGCUCACUACGACCGCAGGGUCCGGGACCUCCUGGAGCAGUUGGAUGACCAGACCUUCCUCCAGGAAUCACAGCUCCUGGCACCCCCAGGCCCUCUUGGGCCCCUGGCUCCUCUGCAGUGGGACGAAGAACAGCAGCUGGCUGGCGUGGAGUCACUGAGCCGGCUGUAUGGUCUCCUCCUGGAUGAGGAGAGCCACCCCAGGGCACCGGCUGAGGCUGCUGAUUUGGGCCCCGUGGAGGCCCCAGGUCCCCUGGCACCAGUCCCAAGCCCGGUUUGCCCACUGAGGAGGAAACUCUGGCAGAAUUAUCGCAAUCUGACCUUCGACCCAGACAGCGCCAAUUGCCACCUCUACCUGUCUCAGCAGGGCCAGCAGGUAAAGCACCGUCACAAGCCCCGGGACCUGGCCGGGCCACGCAGCUUCCAGCUCUGGCAGGUGCAAUGUGCCCAGAGCUUCCGGAACGGUCGACACUACUGGGAGGUGCGCACGUCUAAUCACUCAGUGACGCUGGGCGUCGCCUAUCCAGAACUUUCACGGCACAAGCAAGGGCCCCACACAGACAACAUUGGGCGUGGGCCUAGCUCCUGGGGGCUCUGUGUUCAGGAGGACAGGGCCCAGGCCUGGCACAACGGGGAGGCCCGGCGCCUCCCAGGGGUGUCCGGGCGGCUCCUGGGCAUGGAUUUGGACCUGGCCUCUGGCCGCCUCACCUUCUACAGCCUGGAGCCCAAGGCCCAGCCCCUACAUACCUUCCACGCCAUUUUCACCCAGCCCCUCUACCCCGUCUUCUGGCUCCUGGAGGGUAGGACUUUGACCCUGUGCCAUCGGCCUGAGGCCAAGCUCCCUCCGGGACUCCAGGAAGAGGCCGCGGGGCCCAGCUGA